CACGCAUAUGCAUAUAUAUUUAACUAGACUCAGGUAACACCACAAAGCAAAACUAGGUUUGAUAUACAAGUAAAUAUUUAUAGAUCAAUAAAUACAUACACACGCAUACACAAAUACACACACACACACAUAUGCACAUAAAUCUAUACACAUACACACACACAUACAUAUACUAUUAUUAAUAACAACAAGGGAUUUUUGAUUUUAUACGCAGGAAAGCUCAGUUAGAUAUAGUUGUUUCAAGUCACAGACCAACGAACUUAACCAAGCAGUGCUGAAGGAAACAUCGGAAAAUUUACAUUAAAUUUAAUAAAUAUGUACAAUGUACGCCCUGUUGAAAAGGUACCAAAACUUACUUCAAGUAAUCAAAUCACUUACUAACAUUUACUGCUCGCGAGAGAAUAGAAUUUCAACAAAAAGAUCUUUAUUGAAGGCAUCAUAGAACGCAGAUUUCAUUCUGAGGAAGGCAUACACGAAGUAACAUUUAAUGUAGAAGCAAAGGAAAGAAAAUGUUCGUAAAAAUACAGAGUCCAGAGUCAAGUACUGAGGAAAUUUCACAGAAAUGUCAACAAGUUUAGCUUCAUUGGCAGACAGCUGCCCACCUCUGUCUUGUGAUACUUUUGUUGUGCUGCCACCCAACAGUUUAGAUAACUGUGUCAUAUUUGGUAAGAAUUCUGACAGACCAUCUGAAGAGGUACAGGAAGUACUCUAUAUUGCUGGUUGUGACCAUCCAAGAAAUAGUAAAGUACAAUGUACCUAUACCAAAGUCGAUCAGGCAGCAAGAACUUAUUCAAUUAUCAUAACAAAACCAUCUUGGAUGUGGGGAGCUGAGAGUGGAUCAAAUGAAAAUGGCGUCUGUAUUGGUAAUGAAGCUGUGUUCUCUAAGAUGCUCAGCCAACAAGAGAAUGAGGAAAAGCUACUUGGUUGUGAUAUCGUUAGGUUGGCUCUUGAACGCAGCGCUACAGCAAAAGAAGCUAAAGACAUCAUCAUCAAGCUAUUAGAAACAGUUGGAGUGGGAGGCCGGGUAUCGGAUGAACCGCUUCUGUCCUACCUGAAGUAUGACAACAGCUUCUUAAUCAGUGACAAAACAGAAGCUUGGAUUGUAGAAACUGCUGGACAAUUUUGGGCAACGCAGAGAGUGACUUCUGGCUUGAGAAACCUAUCCAACAUUCUGACCAUUGGAACCGACUAUGACGAGCUGGCCGAAGGGACCAAAGAACAUGCUGAGAAAUAUGGCUGGUGGGAUCCGGCUGAAGGAGAGUUUCACUUUGCUAAAAGCUUUUGCCAGACAUAUUCUGAAGUGGAGAAAAUGGAUAAAUUCACGCACAGCAGAUAUGCUAGUGGACGUGAAAUGCUGGAAGAGUUUUCUAAGGAUAAACGAUUCUGUGUUGCUGAUAUGAUUAGCAUUCUAAAAGACGAACCGAGUGGGAUUAAUAUGAAAGGAGUAUUUCGUACAAUGAGCUCACAUGUUUCUUUUAUCCGUCCACCUGGCUCACCUUUAGCCUCUUGCCAUUGGCUAACCGGAACACCUGAUCCUGUUUUCUCUAUAUUUAAACCCUUUGUUUUCACCGAUGGGGCUAAUAUUGGUGCAAGCACAAAAUCCCCAAAUUUUGGUUCUGAAGAUCCAGCUAAAUGUAUCCCAAGGUUUCGUCGGAGAGUUGAUCGCAGCACACCUUUGUUUGAGGAACAUGAACGUGUGUAUAUAAGUUGUGGUACGAAAGGUCGGGAAUCAGAUAAGUGGCUUAAGGAGAUGAACACACUGCAAGGCAGCAUUAUUCGAGAAACAGAAGAGUUUAUCAAUGACCCGGAGAAGCUUCAGUUAAAUAAAGGUACCAAAAAGACACUUUUCAGAAUGGCUGUCCACAAAGAAAUGGUACUUUAUAGCAAAAGAUCUACACUACAAUCUGAAAUCUACUUCCACGAUGAUGCUAGCCCACGUCCUUUGAGUUUUUCAUGUGGAAACUCAUGCAGUUCCCCUGUUUCGUGUGGCACCGGCUGUUUUCCACUUUCCCUGAAUUUAAAUUCUUCAACUAAGAAGAAAAAACAAUAACAAGAAAUUUUUUAGUUAAAGGGAAGUUUCUUAUAUAUCAAUACUUUCCACAUACACACAUACAUAUAUAUACAUAUAUAUAUGCAUGAAUAUAUAAGUCCCUUAAAACAUAAAUCUGAUACUUAUUUAAACUCCAUCAUAUAUAUAUAUAUAUAUAUAUACAUACACAUAUAUAUAAAUAUAUAAAAUAUAUAUAUAUAUAUACAUACACAUAUAUAUAAAUAUAUAUAUUAUAUAUAUACAUAUAUAUAAACACUCACACACACACAUUCAUUGUGACUACAUCAUAAGUAUCUACUACUCUAUUCUGUCCUAGGAGUAGACAAAAUAAUUUUGAUGAUUAAUUUAUUAAUUAUACAAAAUUAAUCUGUUUCUAAUUCUUAAAUUUUGAUGGGUAUUAAAAUGUAAGAUUUAAUAUUUGUUUGAAGAAUUUUCUGUGCAUCCCUAAAACAUACUUUUUCAUGCAUAUAUAUAU